GUCUUUUAAACAUUACCCAUGAGAUCAAUGAUCAGACUUGUGACUGAUUCCUAAAUACCUCUUACAGUUUUGUAGAGCUGACAUUUUGUUGCAUUGUAAACACACACACACACACACACACACACACACACACACACAAAUGCAUGGACCAUGUCUUGUUCUGAGUGCACUGUAGAUUAUUUUUAUGGAUAUAUAAAUUGACAGAAUUCAAAUAUUUGGUACAUUUCGGUAGAUAUGUCCAUCUUGAUUGAUUGAUUGAUUGAUUGAUUGAUUGCAGCCUUUAGAUUUUUCUUCCUGAACUUUCCACCAGUUGCGACGUGUUAAAAUGUAUAUUCUAAGCAUUUUUUUUUUUAAAUGAUAGGGAAACUUAAGAAAAGAGCUAAAUGGUGAUAAUCAUACUAAUCAUUUCCAGUUAGAUGUGGGUUGUUGUUUUUUUUUGAGGUUUGUGUGAAAUUUCGCUUUCGGUUAGGCUUAGAACUACCGUGCAACUAGGAAAUAAAACACGCUGCGGACGUGCCGUCAGAGGAAAAUAAUCGACGGUGAUGUGGUGACGUUACCGACGACGCGCCGAAGUCCUGAAAACAUCUGAUCUGAUUCGUUUUGUUCGUCUUAUCCCACAGCGGUUUCCCAGACGAUUUGCAGUUCCUAAUGUAUUCACGGUGAACAACGCGUCGUACUUUUUAUCCGUUUAUAGUUACGUUAAACGCCAUCCGACGUCCGACGAAGAAAGUGAGUUCCUGUUAGUACUUGCAGUACAUCGUAGCGGCUAUAGUCAUUCCCUCGUCAGCCUCUCAUCCUCUCACGUGGGGUCAAUAAUGCCGGAUAAGCAGCUUGUUCUGUUUCCAAGAAACCGCAAACUUCUCUGUCCUGCGGUGGAAAUCUUACCGACCGUUGCAAAGUGCCGACACCGCGUUGUGCAGAUAACGUAAUGGAACUAGCUAAACCUGUGUCUUCUGAACGAUCCCGAUUCUUUCACAAAGCCAACAAGGAUGCAUUUAUAACAAAUUAAUAACACAAACGACAAUAAAAAAUGUUAAUAACCGUAAAUUGUGAGCUUGGGCCUCGGUGAUCAAUGAGCCUGUUAAGUUUCGGUACUUGAUUUUCCUCGGUAACGAGCUAAAGACUUGUGGCAGUAGAUAAAGGCGGUGUGGCGACAGAAAGGAAGCCAUCAUUCGAAGUGUUAAAGAUUGAAACGAGUUGUGCUUUGCAACAAAAGCGCAAGGGUUUGAAUUGAGAGUGAAACAUCUCUUGCAGCUGUAUAGAUGCAGGUUCACGUCUGCGCAUAUUUUGUCUGAGGUUUAUGAACUUUUAGCACCUCGGAGAGCAUAAAAGUGCGUUUUGACCUAGUUGUUGAUUACAACUGCUGCUUGUCACACUCUCUCAUCUGACUAACACUUUGCUGCUCUCAGCACCAAUGUGGUGGUGGUGUUUUUUUUUUUAUGCUUGUAUUGUGACACUUUUAUAGAUAAAUCAUCCAACAGACUGCAGACUAAGCGCUCAGCAUUUACAGGAAAAAGGAAGUGGGUUUGUGUGACUCUCGCAACCGGAGUGCUGAUCGAGGCUCGGUUAAAGCUUUCGCUCCGACACGCAUAAUGAUCCAGAGGACAAGGAGCUUGUUUGUGUCGAAUCUAAGGGCAUAUAGAUGGGGGGAAAAUAACCGACCACAAAGACCGUUUAUGUUCAACGCUCACGUUUGCAAACCCUGGGUGGUAAAUCUUUCAACAAUUCACCUAAUUUGAGCCUCGGCCUGAUUCCGUUCGAGAGUUGUUUACUCAUCCGUGUGGAUAAACAUUGAUAAUGUUUUUUUCACACGGUAAGUCGUUUAUAUAUAUAGUUAAUGUGGUCUGGAGGAAACGGUUCAAAUGGGAUUACGUGCCCUGGGAAAAUGAAAACGUAAAUAAAGAGAAGGGAGAUAGAGGUUUAACGGAAUUCAAACCCCCUUAUUAAAAGUGAUUUUAAAUAAACAAAGGGCUAAGCAUUUGUAAUAGGGAUCACAUAAAAAUCAGUAUUGGAUUGGGAUCAGUCUGGGACGUGAACACGCCUUACACAUGGGUUACAUCGUCAGGUAAAAUAAUGAAAUAAUCUGAUCUGAUAUCAGUGUCGUAAAAUGGAAAAAUCAAUAUGAUUCAUGUUUAAAGGGCUUAAGACCAGAGUGACCGCUCCUUUAUGCACGAACACCAUAUUUCACCGGGAAAAUGUUCAUAAAAGUCUGUAUAUAUCAGUUCUAAGACAGAAAUGAUCAAAUAUCGAGAAUGGAUAACAUGAUUUAAAAGUCAGGAUAAAAAGAUGAAGCUUAUUGCAUAUUGCGAGGAAAAAAUAAUCCUUUAUCGAUUAAAAUUAACCACUGCGUGAAAAAAUAAAAAACUUUUCGGAGGCUCUUUUUCACAAUUUGCGAUGCAACUUGCGGAGUUUUUUUGUGCUUUUUUUCUGUGGAAAACUACUUGAAUUGGUGAAAUCGCAAUUGUCUUUCACAGUGAUGUUUGUUGGUAAACGAGACCUUUUAGCUGUACUCAUGUUCGAAGCACGUGAAUCGAAGAGGACUUUGGCUGAACGCGCAUCACGAUGACGUCACAUGACAUGUCUCGGCCCGAAUCUGCGGUACUUUUGAAAAAUCGCAAGCUCCUCCAACUAUUUCCUUGUAAAUGUAAAUGCUUUGAUUUUGCGUUAAUUACCAUGGUCAUGAAAUCCUGGACGGACUGAAAAACAGUUCAGAUCUGUACAAUGAUGGGAGACAAAUUAAAGGGAAAAAACAACACCACAAAGUGUCUUAGUAAGCUGUUUCUUAAAUUGUACUGGAGCGAUAGACACCAUUCUUCCAAAAGAACAUUCCCUCAGUUGGGAUUUUUAUGGCGAUGAAGAGCACUAACACAUCUCCCAUGAUAAGGUCUGGUGAAUGUGAAGGCCAUAGCAUAUUACGUAAAUCAUUUUCACCCUCAUAAAGCCAUUCAGUGAGUAUGUGUGCCCUUUGGAUGGGGGCGGGAUCAUCCUAGUAGAGACCACACCCAUCCAAGUAGAAACAUUUCAUCAUAGGAUAAAGGUAGCCAGUAAGAAGAACUAAAGAGACUCCAUUUGUUCCUUGACUUUGUCAACUGUCUGAUUUUGAUUCGGCGUCCCAAGAUUAGAUCCGUUUUAGUUUUCUAGUUGUUUACGACAUUGAAGUUUGAGACAGCCGGAUCAGACUUUUUACAGCACCGGAUGAGGGUUAAGGGUCUUCCAGUCACUAACCCUGAGCCUUUAACCGCUGAGUCUGUUUAAUAAAUGCAAAAUCCAACCACAGAUUGCCUUUGAUUGGUACAGUGGCUUUCUGGUAUGUAAAUAAUGUUGUGGCCUUUUAAUUACUACAGAUCAUUAAGUCUCGUGCUCAAAUGAGCACGAAGAACCACUUUAUUUAUUUUUUUGCAGACACUGAAAUGUCAAGAAUCUGAGAGACAAUCCCACAACCCAGUCUCUAACGAAUCUGUUUGACGUUAAAACCGUUUUCUUUUCUUUUCUUUUUUUUUUUAAAAAUGUGCUGUCCUUCUGGAACUGUUGUGCUGCGGUAUUUUGAAGAAAAGUCACAACGCAGACAGUUUAAUAAUUGAAACCAUCACACUUUUUUUUUUUUUUUUUUUUUUAAAAAAAAAUAAAAACCUGUGUGUUUUUCCAGAAAAGAAGGGCACCAUGUUACGGCUGUUUUCCUGCCUUCAUCCUGAGCUUACAUCUGAGAGGAAAUGACUCGGCAGAGCUGCCUGUACUGUUUUACUGCUUAGGGUGAAGCUUUGCUGACUGCAGGGAAUCUCAUGACUGAAAGAAUACCUUUGUCAACAUUGUCUAUCCGCAUAAAACAUAACUGAACAGAACUCGUCUUUGCCACGAGGUUUUUUAAAAAAAAUUUUUUUUUUUGGUUUAUUUCAUUCAAGUUCAAUUUCUGUCAUUUCUAUUUUAUUUUCAUUUUUAUUUAUAAAUAUCCCAGUCCCAGUCUCACCUGGUCUCAAAUCUUCUUCAUUUAACCCUCUUUUUUUAAUUUUCUUUCCUUUGUUUUUUAUUAUGUUUUAUUUCUGUAUAUUUCUAUUGUAUUUAUUUAUCCUUAUAUUUAUCCUAUUACACGCUCCGCCUCUUGGACGCGCCAACACUAUGAUUGACUUACGGAACUGUCCAAUCACCGGCUUGCGCGUAAACACGGACGCCUCGCCAAUAAUAACGAGGAGGCUGGAUUCUGUCAGCCAAUCACAUCUCAGGAGGCGGGAUUUAUCUUUUUUUUUUUUUUUUUUUUUAAUGCGUCUGUGUGAGCGGUUGAGUUUGGCUGAAGCGGCGCGAUGGCGCCCUCUGUCGGUUCACAACAUUAGUCUCGCUUCCUAAUUUUAGAAACUAUCGAGGUUUGUUUCGUAGUGCGCAACUCGAGCGAUUUCCUGGUUGGAGGGGAUUUAUCUUCGUCUGCGGACCUUUUUCGGACCGAUAUCGAGCAGAGGGGUGUUUUAAGAUGUCCUCCGCGCUUUCGUCUGAUCUGAGUGGAACCACUUUUACCCGAGUCAGGAAUCGUGGCUGACAUCGAGGUGGACGGCAUCCUCACAUCCGAUUCAGAGACCUUUUAUCAGCUCAAGAGUCAGCCCAUUACAGUCAGGUGAGUUCGGUACACGCUAUAACGUGGAUUGCGAAGGGAUGUGGACACUGAUGGUGACUAGAAGGUUGUGAGGUCUAAUCGUACGACUGCCACAGCACCACGACUGGGCUUUACUUGCAUAUAUGUAUGCAUAUAUGUAUACAUAUAUAUAUGUGUGUGUCUGUGUGUGUAUAUAUAAUAUAUAUAUAUAAUGUGUAUAUAUAUACGUAGAGAAUUUUUUUAAGUAGUGCAUAACAGUCAAGCAUUUCGAUGCCAGUUCUGUCAUUGCUGAACAAAUUGUAACCUCAAAAAUUUAUUUAUUUAUUUAUUUUUUUUGAGGAAUUUUAUCCCAGGUUUUCCCAAUUUGGUCAUUUUCUUGCCAGUUCCCGCCCACUAACAAGCUCUCCCCUUCAUCUGAGGCACACGAAGCCGCCACACACCACAUUUUCCACUUUUCACACUGCUGCUCGGAGGAAAGCGCUAUCCGCCCUCUUCCGCAUACAGGAGCUCACGAUUGGUUAGUGUCGCCCUGAUUUAUGGGGGAUCCCACAUAGUGCAGGGCCAAUUUCAUUCUCUCGGACUCCUGGUCACGCACGGCUGCGGCAUCGUUGGGAUUCAUGCCCGCGUCGACAGAGCGAACGCUUUUCUAAUCGCAAGUAAUUUAAGCGCUAGUAAAAGUUCGUCCAGCUGAAAAAGUAAUUCACCGAAGGGGAAAGGACGCGGGAUUAGUUCUGGUAGAAGUCACUUUCAUUUUCCACCGACUUAACGUAGGUGAACUUUGACCUGGCCUUGUGAGGCAAGUGGACAGGAUUGCAGUCUCUUUGGUCAGAAACAAAUCGGGGAGCUGGUUAUUAUUAAGUAUCAGUCACACUAGACUUUUGCUUGAGCAUUUUCUUUCUUUUGUCUGGCGAAAAUUGUCAUCUCAGCCACAGACAUGCUCUAGGUCUUUUGCGGUAAAGCUAGGCCUUUUAGCAAUAUCGGCAAUAGAUAUUUCUGCAAAACGCGUACGUACACUGUUUGACGUGUCAGGUAUUGACGAUCACACUCAAUAUGACAGAAAGCAGUGCUUUCUAGCUAAACGAUAUUUAAACGUCGAGAUUUUAGCUUUGUUAUCAUCUUUGCCCCAUGUUUGUGUGUUUAACAGUUAAUGUUGGUCAUGAGAUCCAUAAUGAGCGCAGCUCGCUACGUUAUUAUGCCAAGGCCUUAACUUUGUAAUCAAACUCCGUGCUGCUUCUUUCUUCCCCCAAAUCCGAGCUUACAAAAACAACCCUGCCCCAGUGAGGAAUUCUUGUUGUCGUAUUGAAGAUUUGAUUACACCUGAUUGACCAAAGCGUUGCGCAACUAGACACCUUUCAAAGGUCAAAGAAGUGUUUGGGGAAAGUCUGCGGGCUGAACUCUCUCACAGCCACGCUGCUCUCCGGCUUUGCAUGCUUCAGCGCUGAGCAUGUGUGAGCACAUCUGCUUGUUGUUGUUGCCGUUGGCUGCUUAAAGCUCUGGGACUUCCCAUAGUGACUCAGCACAACAUUGGCCUUCUCAGGAAAACAUACGCAGGACUUUUAUGGGAAAUUCGACAUUUUGAGUGGGAUUUUUUUUAAUUUUUUUUUAUCUCGUUUUAAUUCUAUUGGCUUUCUCGUGUGUUCGGUUCUGGGAAGUUGGGUUGCCAGAUUUGUUUGGCGGUUUAUCCUGUUACAGUGAGUACAGGUGGGCUGUUUUGGCUUUAUAAGAUCACUGAAAAACUCGUUCCAUAACCUGGAAUCCUGCGACGUGAGCAAGCCGUCAUCCAGGAAAGGCACUGCCGAAGCAAAAACAUCAGACAGUGGCUCAGUUGCCCCCGCUGCUCCUGCUGUGGCCCUGAGCACAUCCGCCAUGUCGUCACGGGUGUUGAUGAGGCAGGAGCUGAUGAGGCAGCAGGCGCAGGACCAGGAGAGGAGAGAAGCCCAGCAGCAGGCGUCCAGCGCUCAGCUUCGGCCCACUGACUCCACUCCCGCCAUCUCCGUCUCGUCCUCUCUGCCCAACGCUCGCCCCACGACCACACAGGUCCCCGUGGAAGUGCUGAAGGUUCAGACUCACCUGGAAAACCCGACUAAGUACCACAUCCAGCAGGCUCAGAGGCAGCAGGUGAAGCAAUACCUCUCUCACACCCUCGGCAACAGAGUGGCCAGUCAGACGCUGGCUAUGUCGCCCUCGCCCCAAUCAGGCUCCGCCCCCGAGCUUGCCAAGGCCGUCAGCAGCACUCCCAGCAGCCCUCUGGCUGUGCUGAGUCUCAACUCCCAUAAAGAGGAGAUGGAUGGCGUCAUUGAUGACAUCAUCAGCCUGGAGUCCAGUUACAACGACGACUUCAUGACGCUGAUCGACCCCGGCCUGCAGCUGCCCAACACGCUGCCACUCUCAGGAAAUGUCCUGGAUGUGUACAGCAGUGCCGGGAUGACCACGCCCACCAUUACCGUCAGCAACUCCUGUCCCGCAAACCUGCAGAACGUUAAGACGGAGCUGACAGGUAGUCAACCUGAUCAUCAACCUUAUGCCGAAGCGAAAGCUCUCAUUAAGGAACGGCAGAAAAAAGACAACCACAACCUCAUCGAGAGGAGGAGGAGAUUCAACAUCAACGACCGCAUUAAGGAACUGGGAGAGCUCGUUCCCAAAUCCAGUGACCCGUCAGUAUACCAUGAGAUGCGCUGGAACAAGGGCACCAUCCUGAAGGCGUCGGUGGAUUACAUCCGUAAGCUGCAGAAGGAGCAGCAAAGGGCUAAAGACAUGGAGCAGAGGCAGAAGAAGCUAGAGAACACCAACCGCGCACUGCUGCUCCGCAUACAGGAGUUGGAGAUGCAGGCUCGUCUCCAUGGCCUCGUUCCCUCUCAGGUCUCAGACUCCAUCGUCAAUCACCAUCAGCAGCAGCAGCAGCAGCAGCAACAACAGCAGCAGCUCACGUCUGUGCAGCACAGCGCUGAACCUGUCACCACAACGCUCCUCACUCUGGGCGGCCCAACAUUAAACCACACCCACGUCUCCUCUUUACUCUCCCCUCCCCCUUCUGCCUCUCCGGUGGGCGGGGCCAUGAACGUCCCGUUGGACCUAGGAACUCUGACUUUCGGCGAGCUGGAUGACCACGCCUCCUCCAUUUUCAGCCCCGGUCUGAUGGCCGGAGAAAUGGGCCUGAGCGAUAUUCUGAUGGAUGACGGCGGUGCCGACCCCCUGCUCUCCUCCGUCUCACCCGGAGCGUCGAAGACCAGCAGCCGCAGGAGCAGCUUCAGCAUGGAGGAGGACUUGUGAUGGACGUGAUUCACGAUUGUGCGAUUUAACUCCGAUUACCAGGCUCUGUUAGCCAAACUCAGCUAAUACAAGGCUCGACUUCUCCAUUCCCGCUUGUGCACGUCGCAAAAUGGGCCAAUAGAGGGCAGUGUAUCCCAAGGUCAAUUGUCAUUGUAAUCAUAGUACAGUUAAAAAAAAAAAUGAAAGAAAAGACAAAAAAAAAAAAGAUGCAGCAUGGCUCUUGACCCCUGCGCUGAUGAAGAGACGCUCUACAAAUUUUACCUCAGCGUUUAGGGGUACUGCAGCUUACAAAGGAUUGUAGGAGCGGAGUUGUUAAGAAGACGACGUAUGAUGCUGGCAGAUGUGCCCGCUGACCACGCAUACAUCACAUACACAUGAUUUAUUUUAUUUAUUUAUAAUCUGUUUUAAAAACAGCACCUUGCCCCUCCCCCUUCUCCCAUCUCCCAUCAGAAAACAAACUCAAUUAUUACAAAGACAACAACACAGUAACACCGCAUAGCUGUUUAUACAGGGUUUUAUGACGUGCAUAAAAAGAACCGAUGAGUUUAAAGACUUAUGAACAGCGAGGGUAUUUCCUGGACUAUAAAGCUGCAUUAGCGAUCGUAAGAAGCUCGGGUUAAUUCACGUUUAGAGGAGAGAGAAUAAAUCUGUUAAUAGUGGCGAUUAUUAUUAUUAAUAAUCUGUGAUCUCUGUAUAAAUUAGAGAUGGGAGCAUCUGUGUAAUUGUAGACACAUUUUCCCCCAGAUCAAAAAAAAACCAACAAAUCUUCUAAAGCAAGAACGUAUAAUGCUUUGACCUUUAUCAUAAUCAGCGUGUCCAUUCUAGACAGUAGGUUUCAUGUCCUACAGCCAAUAUGUCCUACACUAAAUAAUGAAAUACUGCAUAUCGUUCAAUAUCACCUCUAUUUCAUUGUUUGGUGUGCUUAACUCAUCCAUUGUUGGUUUGGUUUGGAUUGGAUUGGUUUUGGUUGGGAGAAUGCUUCCUAGAGUGCCUCUAUAAUUAAGAAAAGGUGUUUUAAAAAAAAAUAAAAAAAAGAACGCUUUCUCCUACAGGAUAUGAUGGAAUCUUUACCACGCCUAUUCAUUUGGGAUCAUUUUCUGCGGUUAUCCGUAGAGGUCAAGAACCGAUAGUAAAAACGUACCUCAGAGGCCGUGAAAAAUAUCCCACGUGACUAAAAGCGCCGAGAUGGAAAUAUCGUCUAUGCAUUCAUUUCUAAACUCUGAUGUGCAGUGGACAUAGAAGUCAUUUUGCAUAGCAUUACAUUAGAGCGACACUCUGGCUGUAGCGAACCGGGCAAGAAAAGAUCGUCUAUGCAAAGAGUUUAACCAACACUAUAUGACGUAAAACCUUAGACACGGUCCUUUUGUUUUAAAAGGACAGUAAAGACGGGGAAAUAUAUAUAUGUAAACUAUAUAUAUGUAAAAAAAUGUAUAACAAAUGAAUAUGCUUUAUUGUGUGAAACCUUUUUAAACGUAGCAAACUGGAGCUACUCUUUAUAGUAAAAAGGCCACGAACUGCUCUAAAGCUGCGACCGUGAUUAAUGUCACUUCUGCUAAUUACAAUUAGGAGCGAAUUAUUAUUUUUAUUUUUAUUUUUUUUUUGUUAAAUAAAAACGGGACAGAUUGUAAUCACAUGUUACUAACUCGAGUCAUUUUCUUUCAGGCAAAAGAAAUAAACGCAGCUACUUAUCUGAUGGAUUAAAUGUAUAUUUUGUGUUCGUUGAGGAAAUGAGAUCUCAGCAGUACUCGGUUGAAUAAACAGUUUCGUUAGUUACGAGCUACGACUCUUAAUUAAAGAUUUGAAUCUACACGUCGAGACGCAAUCGGUUUCUGUAUGAUGUCGAUUUACACGACACUUUUAAGUUUAACUUUUAAGGUUAAUAUUUUUACAUGUAAGGGGAUGUUGCAGGAUCCUGCGAGAAUCCCGCAUCAAGUUUUUAUCAUCACGUUAAUAAUUUCCGCGACCCAACCUCCACAUGCAACACGACUGGAAUCUCAAUAUUAGGCUUUAUAUAGUGCCAUGCGUGGCAUAUCGACAAUUAAUUCGCCUACACGACUGCACGCCCGUAGAUUGUAGAAUUUGUUUUGGCGCAAAUUCAGGAAGCUGGUCACUCCUUCACGUCAUGUAUCUGUACUUUUUAAAAUGUUAGAAACGUAUGCAGAUGACAGCGUUGGGUUAAGGCGGUAAUCCGGACUAUGUACGUGUAGAUCGUGUCCUACAGUCCGGAAAAUACAUCUCGCUUCAGGUUUGAUGUUUGUGGUACGUUGGCAUGUUGGCGAGUGAACCAUCUUUAGGCAAAAAAAAACAAAACAACAACAACAACAAAAAAAAAAAACAGCUGGAAAUGGUUUAAGUGAAGCGGGUGAAAACUAUAAUGAAGACAUGUCCAAAGGUGUAUCAUUGUAGGUGCAUCAGUUCCACCUGAAAGGGACGGUAGCACUGUGUGUGUAAGUGUUGGUGUGUGUAUGCGUGUUCACGUUUAUAUGAAGAGAAAGUGAGCGCGAGAGGACACGCGUUUUAAAGCUCUCUCAGGAAAAUGAGUGCAUCCUGUUCAGAUUUGCUUUCAUUUCCUGUCGGGAGAUUUUGGCUCCCUGCGGAACCGUCCAUGACGAUAAUGGAAGUCUAUUAAAGCUCGUUGUUGUUGUUGUUGUUGUUGUUGUCGUCGUCGUCGUCGUCGUUAAAAUAACCCAAAUCACUGCUUCAACACUCGAUGGCCUAAUUCCGCUCUACCAGUUUCUUUCUGCCAGGAUGAAAUAAUUGUUUAAGAUGGAUCAGUCGUGUAUCCGGCGAAAACGAUUCAAAUCGUCGGCUCAAUUAAAACUAAACCUACACUAUUACAUUCCAACGCGAGACGAGGACGGUGGAAUAUAUUUAGACACACUUUGUUGUACAAGUUUGUGUUUUUAUCAUUUGCUGUGCGAACAUUCAUUCUAAUCUCUUCACGUUUUCUUUCUUUUGUUGUUGUUGUUGUUGUUGUAGAUGCAGUUUAAUUACACAUCGACACCAAAUGGACAGCUUUUAGCUCUGAACUUCUGAACUGUGACGCAUUUUUGGAAAAUGGAUGAUCAGUGUUUGAAAUUUUUUGCUCUGUGUCUGAACCUCCCUCGCCGUCGUUACUUCAGGGGAUGAGCGGACGGGAUGUUUUGCUAAAUCGCCAUUUCGGGUUUUUAGCUGACGUUUCAAAAUCGCCCGAGUUCAGCACGUCUUGUCCGCGAGCCGACCUUCACCACGGACGAUUGCGAGUUAUCGAGUUGAUUACGUGAAUGAAAUAUGAUGCAGGCCAAUAGAAGAGGCGUGGUUUUUUUUUUUGUGAAUUUUUUUUGUUUUUGUUUAUUUUUGGUUGCCAAACUUCACCCAAAUCCUGUAGUUCUUCUGAAACUCCAGUCUGCCUUUGAUGAAAAAUCCAACCUAACGCUAACGUAACGGUGUUCACGUUGUUUUUCUGUGUAGUCGGGAGACGGGAAGGAGCACGGAACGCUUUUAGAAUUUUGACUUUUACUGAUGGACUGAAGUGUAAAAGAAAAGCGCAGCCUGAAAAUACAUGUUUCUAUUGAAACGUCCGAGGUGUGGUGGUCAGUGAUUCUGGUGCUAAUUUGUCGGUCGGUGCUGUAUUUUCGUUACUCCCCGUACGUUAAUGGGGGAUGUUUUUAUUGCUUGUUCAAUUACAAUGGCGUUCAUCAGGAGUAAAAAUGAAAACCGUCUCGAACGUAAGUGCGAACGUUCGGAUUUCGCGAUCCUCAAAACAAAACGCACGGAAAAAAAAAAAAAGCGCGUUUAUUUCUUUCUUGCCAUUUUUCCAUCGACGUCCACGUUAAAAACAAACGCUGGAAUCGAAGUCGUUUCUAUACGACGCAGUCACACCGAGUUACCGCGCGGAAUGUUCUCGGAUAGUUAGCGAUGUACGAAAUGAUGAGAACGAUGGUGUUGGCGUUAAAGUUUGAGCGGAGUGUACUAAGAGAGCCGGGCAGACUAAAUGACUAAAGCGCUGCUGCAUCGCUCUUAUCAGGUAGAGAUGUCUGUGAAAGAAGUUUAAACUUAAAGCAUAAUAUGCAAGUUCAGGGUGUGUGUGUGUGUGUUUUUUUUUUUUUUUUGUAUUGUUUUUUUAAAUGAGAUUUUAUAUGCUGUUAAUGCUUCGCGUGAGUCGGGUGUUAAACGUCUACCAGUGUACAGCGUACACGGAGCGGACUCCCGUACCGUUUAAAAACCUCUCAAAAACUGUCCACUUUGCCAUAAUAGUACUAACUACAAGUGCAGUAGUUUUCCACUGGAUUGUACCGUAAAGGCUUGAAUGUGACAUUACAAAAAGAAGUCUAUUUUCAGAUAUUUACUCAAAUCUAGGUUGCUGUUUUGUUUGUAAGUGUUAAAUAUUAACGAUACCCCAGAGUAAUGGACGGAUUUAUCGUUGUGCAGGUAGCGAGACUGUUUUUAAUUUCCUCAGUGGAAAAUGUCGAAGUCACAAAUGCCUUCCUCUUUUUAAAAGGAGAGAAAAAGGAAAAAAAAAAGAGAGAGAGAGAGAGAGUUGUCGAUGUGGGCGAACAACGGGAACGUUUUAGAUGAAACGAAAGUGAUCUAGUAUGCAUAAAUCUGAAGUCUAUGCAAUGGAGUGUGGCUUGUGGUGCGUGAGGAGUCGUGUCUGGCGUGUGUAUGAAGAGCUUUCUCAUCAGUGCUGUACAGAGAUGCAUGCUUGCGUCAUGACUCGAGAUGCACAGAAAUCACGUAGUAUAUAGAUAUAUAGAUAUAAUGUAGCAUACUCAAGGCUGUUCAGCCACUUGUAUUCACUCCACAGGGAAAUCACCGUCCUCGUAUUUAGUAUAUUUUUGCAAAAAAAAAAAACCCCAACAAGACAAACGUGGCAUUUCUGUAGACAUUUUCUUCAGCCUCUAUUUUUUUUUUUUUUUUUUUUUUUUUAAGAAAUAGCAAUACGUUACGUUCAUCUAUUUUUGUAAUACUUGAAGUAAUGUGCAAUUUAUGUUAUGAUUUAAAAGAAACAAACAAACAAACAAAAAAAAAAACAACUCCUAACAGCCCUGCAUUAGUUUUAUUUUUCCAAUCAUAUGUACAGGAAGUAUUAAUUAUUAAUAUUCUUAGAAUUAUGACUAAUAAAUAAACCAGAAAAAGCGUCUUUUAAAACAUUUUUAUGCGCCUACAAGAAAGGGAACGUCUGAACCGUGCUGAGCGUCUCUAUGGGUAUAACUCCGUGUGUUCCUUGUGUCUGAACUUUGCAUUUCUGUGUCUUUACAGCUCCAGCGUAAAGCAAGCAUCACUCAUUUCAGUGGCUCUGUUCAAUGUGUAGUUUCUUCUUUUUUUUUUUUUUUUAUUUACUUUUUAUGGAAAACAUAUAAAUAAAGUUUGAAAAUAUCAUUUAGUCUUGUGGGAAUCAUUUACGUGUGAAUCGAAGCAUGUAGGUGAGCUGGUUGAGGUGUGUGUGUGUGUGUGUGUGUGUGUGUGUGUGUGUGUAUAAUGAUAUGUAUAUAUUGUAUAUAUUAAAAAAAAAAGAAACCUGGAAAGUAUUAAAUUGGAGAAAAUCUCUAUAAUGUAUAAACUGCAGGUUUAGAUUGUUCAAUCUGAUUUUCUACACUUUCUUUUUUUUUUUUU